ACCAAUCUAAAGCUGUAUAAAUAUCUACUGUCUGAUCUAGCAUUUCCUGUUUACACCAAAAGUAGUAUAAUCCUAGGCAAUUUAACUUCAAUCUGUGCAUGCUACUCUGUUUGUCUUCGAAGCAUCUCUGAUUUCUCUCCUUCCAAACUGUCCACCAUAUACUUGCUGGGAAAAUCUUCCAUCUCUCCUCCUUCUUUGCUGCAUUUCCAUCUCUGUUCCAACACUUCAUCACCUCUUUUAUGUUACCUGGUUUCACCCAUUUAAUUUUCCUCAUCUUGACGAAGAUCUGCCGAAGCUGGUCUGUCCACUUGCAAUGUAAAAAAAGAUGAUUGACUGUCUGCUUGUUCUCCAGAUAGGUAACACCUAGAACAUUGUUGGAAGCCUCUCUUAUUCAAAUUCUCAUGAGUCAGAACUGCCUCCUUUGCUAAUAGCCAUGAGAAACAGUUUACCUUGUAAGGUACUUUUGUUCUCCAAAUCAUCCUCCCAGGCCACCCUUCCACCUGAGUAUUUGUUGAGUUCAAGUCUCUGUAUGCAGAUUUGACAGUGAAGCACCCUUUGCUAUCAAGUUUCCAUACCAAAGUAUCACUCUCCUCUGUUAAGUUGUUAAAGUGAGCAACUGUGUUGUAGAAGUCUGCUAUCCUUGGCAUUUCCCAGUCAUUCAAGUAUCUUCUAAAUUGUAAAUUCCAACCCUGACCUGUCCACAUUUCAGCAACUGUAGCCUGUUGAGCUUGGCUUAAGAUGUAGAGAUCUGGAUAUAGCUGCUUCAGAGAUUCUUGAGCGCACCACUUGUCAUUCCAAAAGGUUGGUGCUGGCCUUCCUGUCAUAACAUCCUUAAAUCGCAUAAUUUCAUCAGGAGAUCCCGUCUACCGUAUUAUUGGGAGUUUGAGUGGUACCCUGGGGUAUGUAAUGAGUGAGGUUGAGGAUGGAAUGCCAUUCAGCCAAGUUGUUACUGCUGCUAAAAGCCUUGGCUACACUGAACCAGAUCCUCGGGAUGAUCUUGGUGGCAUGGAUGUAGCAAGAAAGGCUCUAAUUCUUGCUCGACUCCUUGGACGGCAUUUUAACCUAGAUGAUAUGAAGAUCGAAAGCUUGUAUCCUGAAGAAAUGGGACCAGAUGUGAUGCCUCUGGAAGACUUUCUACGGAAUGGCCUUCCCUUACUUGAUAAGAAUAUUGAAGAUAGGAUCAAUCAAGCUUCUGCAAAUGGGAAUGUUCUGCGUUAUGUUUGCUUCAUUGAUGAUUCGAGAUGUGAAGUUGGCACCCAAGAAGUUCCAAAAGAUUCUGCAUUAGGAAGAUUAAGGGGAAGUGAUAAUGUGGUGGAGAUAUACAGCCGUUGUUACGAGAAACAACCUUUGGUUAUCCAAGGUGCUGGAGCAGGAAAUGACACCACAGCAGCUGGUGUCCUAGCUGAUAUCCUUGACAUUCAAGAUUUAUUCCCUUAACUGAGUAUCGUACACUGAGAUUUAACAUCUGGUCCUCAAAGAUCGAAAGAUCGACUCUUCUUGUCCAUCUGCUUCUUCCAGAUUGGAGAUUGAAAUGAGGCUUCAGCUAGCACAUGCAUAUUUUGAAAAAUUUCUUGACAAACGAGAGUACCUUGUUAGUUUACAGUUAAUGAUAAUGCGAAUUCUCUCGCCUCUCUUGUCACUAGUGCAUAACGAUUCAAAAAGAAGUAUGGAACUACUGCAUAUAGAGGACAUUAAAAGAGUGAAUGGCAUAGCUGCAAAAUGUUGGCCUUGGUGCUGGACAAGUUUUCAGGAUUUCACUUCAGCUUAUAAUUUUAUUUUGUAAUGCCCAUUUUGAUACAUGGCCAUGAUGUUAUCACUAUUUUAGAGAUCCAUGUCUUAGUUAUUAUGAUUUUCGAUGUAUAUAA